UUCCUUUCAAAAACAAAAACAUGGAUUGGUUUUCUUGGCUGUCAAAAACAGAGCUAGAGCCAUCUCUUGUUUAUGAAUAUGGUCUAGCAUUUGCUCAUAACGAGCUAGAACAAGACGAUAUCGCGUAUUUCAAUCACGAGUUCCUUCAAAGCAUGGGCAUUUCUAUAGCCAAACACAGGCUAGAAAUCCUCAAACUUGCCAAGAAAGAAAGAGGAAAUGUUCCGAAUUCAAUGUCAAAGAUUCUCCUGGUAAUGAAACGUACAAAGAAACGUUUUUCAAAGUAUUUUAGGACGUGGAUUCAUCGCGAUGAAUCAGCACUUGCACUUGUGUCAAGAAGAAGUUACAGUUCAAGAAUUUGGAAGAGGACAAAAAUGAUGAAAAGGAACAAGAGUGUUGUGGCACCAGCAAAACAGAGUAGUAGAAGUAGUACUUUGCUGCUUACAAAUGGUAGUCCAAUAUUUAUGUCGAGUUCAUUAAGAAUGGAUAGUUUUUCGCGCGCGAUGGUUCAUGAGAAGAUGGAGAUUGAUUGUGGUGAUUAUUGGGGUUCCUCUGUAGUUGAAGAGAUCAAGUGGGAUUCAAUGUUUCAAAAUAUGAAACCAACUUGAAUU